GUGAUUUAAACGUCCCAUCACCAAUCUCUCUCUGAAAAUUUUCCCCAAUUUUUUUCUCUCUCACUCUUCAAACUUGAAUCCAAACCAAACAAGAUCACCCUCUCCUCAUGAUUUCUCGGUUCUCAGUACACAAACCAGAAACCCUUUCCCAUGAAAAAAUCUUCCUCAAACUCUAACAAACCCUCAUCAUCAUCACUCACUCACACACAUCACUCUCAUUCACAGUUACCAAUUCACAAACCUCGUCCCUCACACUGAACAGGCAGUGAAAUUGAACAAACAACAUAAAAAUCCCCAAAUUGAACCUACUCUGGUAGGUUCCAGAAGCUUCUCGAUCAAUCAUGGAAUCAGCAUCAGGAGGAGCAACCGCACCCGCACCUGCACCUUCAGAGGGACAAUCAACCGUACCUUCUGCUAUACCGGCAGCCACCGCACCACCACCACCUGAGGGAUCAUCGCCGGCGCCACCGAGCCGUUACGAGUCGCAGAAGCGGCGAGACUGGAACACGUUCCUGCAGUACCUGCAGAAUCACAAGCCGCCAUUGACACUGGCUCGAUGCAGUGGCGCGAACGUGAUUGAGUUUUUGAAGUACCUUGAUCAGUUUGGGAAGACGAAGGUGCACGUGUCCGGGUGUCCGUACUUCGGGCACCCAAACCCUCCGGCUCCCUGCGCCUGCCCGCUUAAGCAGGCGUGGGGCAGCCUUGACGCGCUGAUCGGACGGCUCAGGGCGGCCUAUGAGGAGAACGGAGGUCGCCCUGAGUCGAACCCGUUCGGCACGAGGGCAGUGAGGAUUUACCUUAAGGAGGUUAGGGAAGGACAGGCUAAAGCUAGAGGGAUUCCUUAUGAGAAGAAGAAGCGAAAGAGGUCAGCCGUAACCGCAGCGGGGAGUAGUAGUGGCGGUGGUGGUGGUUAUAAUGAUAGCUGUCCAGUUUCUGUUGCAAAUAGUGGCGGUGCUGCUGGUGGUGGAACAGGUGACACCACCACUGUUGGUGGCGAUUCUAGUGCUAGUCUAACUUCUACAACUAGUGUUGCUACUAGCACAGUAUCGUAAUGUUAAUUUUAAUAUUUUUUAUUAAAUUCUCCCUAUUUGUUUCAUUAAAUCUAGCUAUUUAUCUAUCUUUAGUUUUGACCUAAGUAAA